AUGGCUGACACUAAGCGCCCUCGCGUCUUCUUCGACAUCGCCAUUGGCGGCGUCAAGGCUGGCCGCGUUGCCUUUGAGCUUUACAGCGAUAUCGUCCCCAAGACCGCCGAAAAUUUCCGCGCACUAUGCACCGGCGAGAAAGGUGAAGGCGCAUCUGGAAAGCCUCUCCACUACAAGAACUCGAGUUUCCACCGCGUCAUCAAGGGCUUCAUGAUCCAAGGCGGUGAUUUCACACAGGGCAACGGCACAGGCGGAGAAAGCAUAUAUGGCGAGAAGUUCGAGGAUGAGAACUUUGAAAAAGUGCACGACAAGCCGUUCCUGCUGAGCAUGGCCAACGCCGGUCCAGGAACCAACGGCUCCCAAUUCUUCGUCACCACAGUGCCUACGCCGCAUCUCGACAAGAAGCACGUUGUCUUUGGCGAGGUCAUCAACGGCAAGAGCAUCGUCCGUCAGAUUGAGAACCUCAAGACACAGAGCGGCGACAAGCCUUGGCAGGACGCUACUAUCAUCGACUGUGGUGAGCUUUCUGGCGAAGACUAUGACAAAGCCACCGAAAAGAUCUCCGACGCAACCGGCGACCCCUACGAGGACUUCCCCGAAGACCAGAAAGCGAACGCAGACGACGAAUGGAAAGGCGAGGAGAUACUCCAAAUCGCUACAAAGCUAAAGGACAUGGGCAACGACGCCUUCAAAAAGGGUGAUCUUAAACUCGGCAUCACAAAAUACCAAAAGGGUAUCCGCUAUCUCCACGAAUACCCCGCCCCUCUCGACGACGACCCGGCAGAUCUCUGGCCUAAACUCCAGGCAUUGAAGAUUUCGCUAUACAGCAACUCUGCGCUUCUUCAGAACAAGUCGGGCCAAUUUGGGGAUGCGGCAGAGAAUGCGACAAAGGCGCUGGAUAUCGAGGGCAUUACAGACAAAGACAAGGCCAAGGCGUAUUUCAGGCGGGCACAGGCCAAGGCGGGCAAGAAGAACGAGGAUGAGGCGCUGGCGGACUUGCACGAGGCGGCCAAGUAUGCGCCGGGCGAUGCGGCCAUUGUCAAGGAGUUGGAUGUAGUGAAGAAGAGGGUGCAAGCGAGGAAGGAGAAGGAGAAGAAGGCUUACAAGAACGCUUUCAACUUUGACUAG